CUAUUACACCAUCCUAACCCAAAGGAACACUCAUCUACCCGCAGGACAUUGUUCACUGUAGUGGGGCAGGGCACGCCCCCGUCACCAUGACAACCAGCUUGUAGACAGGCAGAGCUGCAGCACACAUCUCCACUCCCCGGCUGAGAAACCUGCAAACGCACACAAGGGAAGCAGAUUGAUGCAGGAAUGCUGCCUCCACCUACUGAAUUUUCUCCAGAGGCUCAAAAUUUGCCAAAGAGUCACCACGCCGGACACUUUGAACAUGUUGCACAUAUGAAUGUAUUCGACAGUGAGUCCCCGAUAUUCAGAAUUCCAGCCAAGAUUUCAUUUGUGAAGCUGUCCACCGAGGAAGCAGAUCCCUCAGGGCUCAGAGAUAAAAAAGCCAUGGCAUCAGACCUGACACGGGAAAGUGACUCUUGUUCCAAACUUAUAGAACAAGUGAAACUGGACAUGCGCUUAAAUGACAGAGAAGACAAAAGCGGACCAGAAAAUUCUACAACCUCCUGCUCAUCAGCCAAAGAGAAAAGAAAGAGCAGAGAAAAACGAGAGGAAAAUGCAAACAAAAUUCAAGGGCAAAAAGAUGACAAUGACGAUGCAGAAUGGGCCAAAGCCAAAGGAAAGGUUGAAGAAUUCUUGGAUUUUCCUGGAGUUUUUGCUGCUAUAGCCUUUAGAGAUGAAACAAAAGCCAAACAACCUUCACAAAGCUCUGCAAGAAAUGAUGGACCAGUGUCUCAGUAUCAGCCAAACACCAUUCCCAACACCAGACACAACGCAAUCUUCUUGAGAGACCAUGAAAAAGCUGCCGAGGCCAUACUGUGGAAUCCUUCUUAUCAGAAGGGCGAUCAACCUCAAGUGAUGGACUCUCAAAGGUCUACCACAAAAUCUCAAGGCCGUGGUACAAAGAUGGUGAAGAAACAUAAGAGCCUUGUAGACAGCGUAGUACCAGAGUCCAAUACUGUUACUGAAAGAUGACCCUGUAGAGAAGUUCUUUUGUGUCAUUGUACUGUGUAUAUGUGUAUUAUGGGAUAUGGUCAUUUAUGUUGCAUUAUAUAACCUUUCUAGCUUGAGAAGUUUUCCACCUAAAUUUAUUUCUAGAAAAAAAUUUGAGCCUCAUUGUCCCCACUCUGCCCUUCAGAUCUUAGCUCGGACUUGAAUAAUUUCCAGUUGUUAUGGAGCAUAUCAUAACAACUAGUCGGUCUCAGGGAAAAACACAUCAUGUAAGUCCCCAGCUCACUUGGUUUUAGUAUAUAGAUUUUUCUAAAUAUAGGUUUAGGCGGAGAACCACUUUACGUUUGAUUACCUCUUUAAUUUGCAUAUGCAUCCAUUCAGUUACUGAUUAAAAUAUUUUGGAACAUCCCUUCAGUGGGUGACAUAGUAAAACUUUAUACUAUAGCAUUAAUGGGCCUACAUAUCAUAGAGACACCCAAAACUGCUACUCUAGAUCUUGCGGACAAAGGAGCCCAUUAUCAUUUUUUCUCACGGGUAGUCGACCUGCUUCCUACGAGUGGAGUCAUUCUGCUUCCUCAUGGGUGAUGUCAUCCCGUUUGUCCUUUCGAUUGGUGUCAACAAAAGAUGGGGAACCACCCCAAAGAUUACCACACUCUUCUCAUGGAGGCAUGGUCAAGGCAAGGGACAUAUCUAGAAAAGGGUGGGCCUAAGUCUGUUAGGCCUCCUGCACACGACCGUUUUUUUUUUUCCGUUUUUCCAUUCCUAUUCACUCUGGCCUGACACUUCUAAAAAGAAGUGUAUAGUGGAGAAUGCACGUAAUGCUAUCUAUCCUCCACUCCUAUAUCUCCUCCUUGUGUGCCAGAAUA